CGGGCCCCCCGCCUGUGGCUGCGGCUGCGGCGGCGACGGGCAGUGCAGGCGGCGAGGGAGCCAGGACCUCGAGGCGGGAGUCGCUGCCAGCCCUGCUUGCGGAGGAAGGAACGAAUUGCCCAGCCGAGAGAACCAAAGAAGCACUACUGAACAUUCUUCCCCGCUGGAAAGUUACUUUCCUCUGCUAACAUCACUGACUGAAAAUGCACUGGUAGAACACAUGAUGGGAAAUACUGUGCCUGUCAGCAACACUGGAAGUCUGAACUUGUCAAACUUUCAAAACACUGCAGAUCUGAGCCAGGCUAUUAGCCAUGAUGUGAGCCUUCACGAUGCUGCAGUCAUGGGAUCAGAUCACACUGGUGCAAAAAACACAAAGACUUUGGAGAGAUUGGAAACUCUGGCAUUUAAUUCUAGCCUGGCUGACUCAGACACAUCAUUAAUCAAUGGCACCAACUUCUUGGAUAUGUUUGCAUCUGAUAAUUGUUGUAGGAACCUAACAAACCAGGAUUUUUUCUUGGGCCUGGAUGGAAAUGGAUUGGAUGAAAUAAAUCUCACAUCAUUAGCUAUGGAGGAAAACUUUGAUCCUGCAAAAAUCUCUUCUCUUUUCAAUGAGCCAGAUUCUGAUUCUGGCCUUUUAGAUCUAGAUUGCAGCAAUUCAUCACUUUUUACCUGUGACAGUGACACUGAAUCUUCCACCUCUGAUGAUUUAGAAGCUGUUGGAGGUUGUUGCCUAGAAUAUAGCUGCAUGGAUUAUCAAGACAAUUAUGGAUUUACCACAGAAUUGCAUAUAGACGUGUUUCAUGAUCAUACAUACAGCCAGAUUACCCAUCAAUUAGCAUCCUCUGUGUCACAACAUUACCUUUCCUGGCUGAAGAAAUCUACUAAAGUCUCAAGUAGAAAAGCCCAUGGCAUAGAGAGAAGCCAAAUCAGUGAUGAGUACCGUGCAAAAGCCCUGAAAAUUCCAUUCUCUGUAAGUGAUAUUGUGACUUUGCCUGUUGGUCCCUUCAAUAGCUUGUUGGCAAAUUACUACUUGACAGAUAAUCAGCUAGCACUCAUUCGUGACAUAAGGCGGAGAGGAAAAAACAAAGUUGCUGCUCAGAACUGCCGUAAACGUAAACUAGAUGCAAUUAUGAAUCUGAAAGAUGAUGUGUGUCACCUUCAAGCACAAAAGGAAAGGCUUAAGAAGGAAAAGGCCCAGUGCAACCAAUCUAUUAACAAUAUAAAACAAAAACUGAAUGACCUUUGUUGGGACAUUUUCAGUGGAUUAAAAGAUGACCAGGGAAGACAUGUUAACCCAAACCAAUGCACUAUGCAUUGCUCUAGCAAUGGCACUGUUUUGAUUAUACCAGGAAGAGGAAUCAAAUUGGAACAUAAACAAGAUACAAAAACUAGACUAAUGACCUAGGUGUAAGAAUUGCUUUAGAAAAUUCUAGUAAUGCCAAUGGGUGCUUUUUAAAGAGAUGUGGUGCUUUAAGUCAAGCUUCUAAAUAAGGAGAAAAUCAACAAAGAAAAUCAACUGUAAAGAUCAACAAAGCCACCUACAGUACAAAAGUAUUUAAGAACUUGUUUACUAUUUGUGAUAGGAUAGGUCCAAAAAAACCACUGGCAGUUUCACUAAUUUCUCUGAAUCUGUAGUUUUUAUCUCCACAGAAUUCUCUUAUAGAAAUACAUAUACAGGGUCUAUGAAUACUAUUCUGAAAAAAUUAUAAUUGGCUAAUAAAUGAGUUUACUUGUCCUGUAUGAACUAUGAAUUAAACCAUAUGGCUUCGCAUAAUUUAUUCAGCUGAUCAGUCAUGGCAACACACAAGUUCCACUAACCCUUUAAGACCUGACCCCAGUUAUAAGAACUAUCCAUGUUUUACUGUAUUAUCCAUCCCCUUUUGAAAGUAAAGGAAUUGCUCCCUUUAGUGUAUACUUAAAAAAGGUUCAUUGCCUCUUCUGGUCAAACAAGUUUUUGUAAUUUAUUUAGGAAACUUCUAUGCUGCCCCAUUCGCUGAAGCCUCGGGGCGGCUCACAGACAUAAACUUCAUUAAAAUAAUAUAAAUUAACAG